UUAAUUUUUUUCCUUUUUAAAUAAAGAAUAGCUUCACACUGAUUAUCGGCGAAACAGUGUUUCGAAUUUUCCGGGCAAAAAAAAUCUCUCGAGUGAUUGGAUUCCGGAUACUUCUCCGAUCGGAGAGGUUUGCCGGCGGUGGUGAAGUGGACCCCACCAUUUGCCCGAUAAGUGGAGGAAGUUUUGUCUUUGUCGAUUCUCGACACAGUUUUUUGUGCAAAUUUAUGAGCACGAGAUCUCGAAAUUCUCAUAACAGUUUGAUUUCUGGGAUAGAUUGAUGGUGGGAAUGAGGCAAAAAGUUCAUAUUUUUGAUGUUUUUGUGAUCCUGGUGUUUCUGCUCUCAGUUUCUACAAUAACAAAGGCUACUGAGGGAAAAGAUGGCUUCAAGUGGUGCGAACGCAUUGUCAAGCAGUGGGCGUCUUCUUCACUCGAUUUGGAAGUCAAAAAUGACAAACAUGUCUUGCAGAACUUGCUCUUUUUUCUUCAUGUCCCCAGGACUGGAGGGCGAACAUAUUUUCAUUGUUUUCUGAAAAAGCUUUAUGCCAGUUCUUUGGAGUGUCCACGUUCGUAUGAUAAGUUAAGGAUUGAUCCAAGAAAACCAAAAUGCCGCUUGUUGGUUACUCAUGACGACUACAGCAUGAUGAACAAACUUCACAAGGAUGAAACUUCUGUGGUGACAAUACUUAGGAAUCCAAUUGACCGUGUUUUUAGUGCCUACGAGUUUUCCGUGGAGGUAGCAGCCAGGUUCCUGGUGCACCCUAACUUGACAUCUGCCACCAAAAUGUCUGGACGGCUGCGUUCAAAAAAUACAAUAAGCACUCUAGAUAUCUGGCCGUGGAAGUAUUUGGUCCCUUGGAUGAGAGAAGAUCUAUUCGCUCGAAGGGAAGCAAGAGAAAAAAAUGGUCAUUCUGUUGUUAUAAGCACUAAUCCAUAUGAUACGAAGGAGAUGGUGAUGCCUCUACACGAGUAUAUCAACAAUCCCAUUGCUCGGGAUAUCAUUCACAACGGAGCCACAUUUCAGGGAUCCAACACGGAACUUAUGGGGAAGGUCGUGAACGCCGAACGACAUGCUUAUGUCGCAGGACUUACGAACAACUCUUAUCUGACAGAGGCACAUGACGUCCGUCACUGUGUACUGAAGUACCAGUCUCUUGGAGAUUAUGUGCUUAAGGUUGCAAAGAAGAGGUUGGACAAUAUGUUGUAUGUUGGACUCACAGAGAACCACAAAGAAUCAGCCACCAUGUUUGCAAAUGUAGUCGGUACUCAGGCAAUUUCACAGUUCACUGGAUCAACCUCACAUGAAGAUCAUACUGCUAAGAACAGCUCUGAACAGGGCUCUUCACUGCUAGAAUCUGAUUUUGAUACAACUUAUCACCAUAGCAAUAGCUCAUACCAAAAGCCCAAUCAAAUCUCAUCAGCUGAGCAAGGUGAAGCAACAAAGAAAAAUAUGACUGCAGGAAAACUCAUGGAUGUAUACGAGAGCUGCAUUUCGAACUUAAGGAAGACCCAGUCUGAAAGGCGUGUAAAUUCUCUAAAGAAAAUUGAUCCAGCAAAUUUUACAAAGGAGGGACGCCGUCAGGUGUCUGAAGCCCUUCUUCAGGAGAUCACAUCAUUAAACCACCUCGACGUGGAGCUUUAUAAAUAUGCCCAGACGAUCUUUGCAAAUCAACACAAACGCAUGUUACUGUAUAAGGCUGUCAAGAACCAGUUGGACAGUGACUUUGACGAUUCAUAUCGUGCGUUUUCUUGGGAAGCCAUUUGUAUUGCUGUUUCUGUGGUGUUUGUGGCUCUAUUUGCUGUCCUGUUUGUAACUGCAAAAAGAAGAACAUCAAAACUUAAGUUAUGAUAUCUCACCAACAUAAAUGACCCAUAAAAAGAUAGAGAAAUUGAAUAGAAAGAUUGAAAAUGAAAAAAAUUAACUCAGGUAGCAUGUAAGAUUGCUCAAGCCUCAUUAGUGGAGGUAAACUACACUCACAUGCAAUUUUGUGGGUAAAAGCAAAAGCUUAAUGUAAAAUUUUAUGUUUUUUUUUUUUAUAUCAGUUUCAGUUCUCUUCUUUUGUUCAGCUGGUUCUUAGUAGUAUAUAUAUCCUUUUUUUAAUA